GCGUGUGCCCCCUCUUGUGUAGCGGGAACGGCGUGUACCGACGAGGUCACUGCCAGUGUAACCAGGGAUGGAAGGGUGACGAGUGUGACCUAAGAGAGUCGGAAUGCGCCGUACCUAACUGCAUGGGAAAUGGCCACUGCAUCAACGGCCAGUGUGUCUGCUUCCAGGGAUACCACGGGCCGGACUGCGGCAACGAGAUCUGCCGUCUGGAGUGUGUUCACGGCGGCUGUGAGAACCAGAGGUGCGUGUGUCACCCGGGCUGGGAAGGUGUGUUGUGUGACCAGCUGGAGUGUGACCACCGCUGUGACCUGCACGGCUUCUGUAACAACGGGUCGUGUGUGUGCGACAAGGGCUGGAACGGGUAUACUGCACAAAGGUGACGGCACCAAUAUCUACCUGAAGGAAAAACCCAAGAAGAUCCUCAACAUUCUGGGCAGCGGUCAGCGGCGAAAGCUCAACUGUGAGUCGUGUAAUGGGAAGGCCCUGGACAACGGUCUGCUCAGUCCUGUAGCUCUGGCCUCAGGCCUGGACGGGAGCCUCUAUGUGGGAGACUACAACUUUAUCCGCAAACUGUCACCGCAGAGGGAAGAGAUCGCCAGCAUACUGCAGCUCAGGUAUCGCCAUCAACAAAGACGGGAUCGUGUACGUGGCUGACGGGCCCAACAUAAGGAGGAUAACUCCUGACGGGCUGAUCACCACACUCAUAGGUACACAGGCACAGCCCAAGGACUGGACCCCGAUGCCCUGCGAUGACAUCAUACCGGCGGAAAGGGUGGAACUGAAAUGGCCCACAGCUUUAAGCAUCAACCCCCUCGACGACUCGCUCCACUUCAUCGACUACGGAAUCGUCUUCAAACUGACCAACGACUUCAAAAUCGUCACAGUAGCCGGCCGGCCUCAAUACUGCCCGAAGAAGGACUCCUCCUUCCUCCCUAGUGGCGUUCUCAACGAUGACGAGCAAGCGUCCAACAUCGCUGACCACGUGAAGCUGGUGGGUCCGAGGAGCAUCACGUUUGGUCCGCACGGGGACCUGUUUAUCGUGGAGAGUGACCAGCACAACGUCAACAGGAUCCGAGUGGUCAGUACGGACGGACGCAUCCAUCACUUCGCCGGGGCCAAGAGCAAGUGUGACUGUAGACAGGAGAAGUGUGCGUGCUACGACCCUCACGAGACACUGGCCGCCCAGGCGUUGUUCAGCGACCCGACCUCCGUGACCGUGACCCCUAACGGCGUCCUUCACCUCGCCGACAUGGGCAACCUGCGGGUGUUCUCCGUGGUGUCCGAGCUGCCCAUCCUCACGGACCGGCACUACGAGGUGGUGGCGCCGGAGACCCAGGAGCUGUACGUGUUCAACAUGUACGGGCAGCAUCGGCACACCGUCAACAUCCACACGGGCCAGUACAUCUACAACUUCACCUACAACGUCUUCUCCUCCUACGGCCGGCUCAUCGACGUGGAAGACGCCGCCCAGAACAAAGUGCAGAUCAAGCGGGACUACGAGGCGCAGGCCAAAGAGAUCAUCUCGCCCAGCGGAGAGCAGUGCGUGCUCACAAUGGACAACCGACACCGCCUUCACAAGUACCUGGCCUCCAACAACGCCACAGCGACCUUCACCUACACUGUGAAGACAGGCCUGCUGGCCUCCAAGCAGGGCAGCGACGGACAGACGUUCCUGUACCACUACGACGACACGGGGCGUCUGCUCACUGUCCGCCAGCCCACUGGUCAGAUCACCUCGCUGACCACUGACAUCAACACCACGGGUUCCAUAGUGCGUCUGGCUACGGGCUCCAGUCAGACCAAAGUGACGUAUCUGCCAGACGGCGCCGUCGUGGUUUUAUUCCCGAGCAACCUGACCGUUGCCAUAGAGACGGGCAGCCACCCGAUCAUGGAGAACGAGAACCGGAUGCACUACAAGCGGAAGGUGAUCGUGCCCGGCUCGUCGGUACACCGGCUGGAGUGGCGGUUCUACCUACGGCGCAGCGGCCGUGCCAGGUCGUCCCGGGUCAUCGAGAAACUGGGUCAGCGUAUGCGGGUAGGAGACACGGGCCUACAGCAUGUUGUGCAUGAUACUCUAGGAGGUGAUGGCCGUGAUAAAGUCCUGAUGCAGGUGAUCUACCCGAGUGAGCAGCGACGCAUGGUGUACCGCUACAAUGACCUGGGUCAGAGGUCACUGGUCAUGUUUGACCAGACGCUGGUGGAGAUGACCUACCACCCGGAGGUCCUUCACCUGUCCCAGGCCUCGCUCCAGGCCCGCGGCUACGCUAACACCUUGACUUUCGGCUACCUCAGCACCCUGGUCCGGGACGCCUCGGUGACGUUCCCGCAGGACGGGAGCUUCGUCGGAGCCAGCUUCAAGUUCAGCUACGACAACCACUUCCGCCAGGUGGAAACCAUGCUCACCAUUUCCAACAACAUGAGCAUCAGCUCCAACCGCAGCUACGGCGGAGACUACGGGAAACUCUCGCAGCUCGCCGGGAUCAACAUCGAGUGGGUGACCGAGUCGAAGCACGUGUACUCCGACCCUCACAUGACCUUGACCAAGCAGAGCGACAAUUACGGAAGAUUGACCUCGGUGGAGGUCAAAUUCGGAGGUGUGGUCAAGUUUGAGAUGACCGUUGAUUACGAUAAGAUUGGUCGUGUGCACGAGUGGAGGCGGCGCGUGGAUAAGUACAAGGAGUUGGCUGUUGAGUACAUCUACGACAUCGACAGUCAUGUGACGGAUGUUCUGCUGCAAGGGAAGACGGUCUGGGAGUUUGGCUACGACGCUGACGGAAACAUUCACAAGAUCACGUCGCAGGGCACCACGCGACACAUGGAGUUUGACGUCGGCGAUAAGAUCACCAUGAUGGGCGGUGUCAGCUACAAGUUUGACAUGGACGGUCUUAUGGCCCAACGAGGACUUGACCACGUUUCCUUCAACUCUGCUGGCCAGCUCAUCUCCAUCGCUCGGAUCGGACUCUUCAAGUUCUUCUACCACUACGAUGCCAUUGGCCGGUUGGCCAUUCAACAAGAUCGCUACGGCCGGAUUCUCCAGUUUUUCUACAGCGAUAUGAAGCAGACAAACGUGGUCACGCAUGUAUAUAACCACACAACAGGGCAGCUGACGGAGUAUUUCCGUGACUCAGACGGGAGUCUCAUCGCCAUGCAGCGAGGCGGACGUCUGUAUUACAUCAUGGUUGACCCCAGCCAGAGCCCCCUGGUGGUCUUCGACAAGGCAGGGAACAUCAUUAAGCACGUCAGCUACAACCCCCUCGGCGUCAAGGAAUCCGACUCCAAUCCAGAUUUUGAUCUGAGCUUCGGUUUCCAAGGAGGCUUGUAUAACCCUAUCACAGAGCUCGUGCAUUUUGCCGACAGAGUCUACGACGCCAAUUUAGGUCGCUUCCUGACGCCGGAUUACUCCCAAGUGUUCAAUAAACUGGCUCAGGUUGCGGAGGAUCCAGAGAUUCUGAACCUGUACAGUCACCGUAACCUGGUCAACGCUCAUCUCCAGCACCACCGAUAUCCUCGCAUGG